AUGACUUCAACUACUACUACAAACCCAAAACAUAAUCAUACAAACCAUACUCCCACCAUUCACCAUAGCCACCUCCAUAAUCAUCACAUACCAUCUUCAACCUUAUCAAAUGGUAAUACUACCACUACCACUACUACUAAUGUCAACAAUAAUAGCGGGUACUUGAAAGCUCUAAUACCUCCCUUAUCCAUUCGUACCAUUAUCGCUUGUUUAGCUUGGUACCUGGUUUCCUCAUUAACUUCUCAAUUAACAAAAUUAAUCUUAACAAGAUGUACAUAUCCUUUAUUCUUAGCUCAAUCUCAAUCAUUAAUUUGUACUUGUUUAGCCUUACUAUUCAUCCUAAUCAUCAAACAAUUCCCUCAAAUAUCAACCAUCUUCCCUCAAGGUUCUAUUCCUCAUGAUUUAUCAAAACCAAUCUUUAAUUUAUCAGUGUUUUUAAAAGUUUUACCAUUAGGUUUAUUUCAAUUUGUGGGAAGAUAUUUCUCCCUUAAUGCAACUUCAUUGAUUUCUUUAGCCACAGUUUCAUCUAUAAAAGCUUUAUCUCCAUUAUUAAUCGUAGCAGGAUAUAGAAUCAUUUAUAAUGUUAAAUUCCCCAUUAUAACUUAUUUAUCAUUAACUCCUUUAUUAAUUGGAGUAUUAUUAAUGAUAUUAUCUGAUUCAAUUAAAAAUCCCAAUUCAAAUUCAAAUCUUUUAACUAAUGAAAAAAAUGAAUUAAAUUCAAUUCAAAUUAAAGGUUUAAUCUUUUGUCUUAUAAGUACUAUAAUCUUUGCUGGUCAAAAUAUUUAUGGUAAACAAUUAAUGACAUGGGAUAAUACUUCAAGAAUCGUUAAUCCUGCUUCUUUGGUAUUGAAUACUGAAACUACAAGACCAAAUUCUCCCAUUUAUAAAAAUGGUAACAUGUCUCCUCCUGGUGAAAUAAAAUUACCCAUUGGUAAUAAUAAUAAUAAUCAUGAAAAUGGUAAUUCAUUCUUAAAUGGAGCUAAUAAUAUCUUAUCGAAAUUUGUAAGACAACGAAAUUAUACAAAUUCACUUGCAACUUUACCUUAUUCAACCUCCGAUUUGAAAUUAGAUGAAAAAUUCGAAUAUAGUAAUAAUUCAGUCAGUGUCACACCACCUAAAUCAACUCAUGAUUUAAGUCAAACUUAUAAUCAUACUGUACGACAAAGUAAUACCAGUGUGUAUAAUCCAUUUGCAUUCAUUAUUGAAAAGUUCGAAUUAGAUAAAGUCACCAAACCAGAUCAAAUCACCAUUAUUUUAUAUUGUUCAAUCAUUGGAUUUAUCUUCUCCUUCACUGGAUUUGUAUGGGAAGAAUUAAAUCCGUUACUUAAUGAAUUUAAUAAAUCAAUUACUGAAGUUACAUCUAUCGCUGCUACAAAUCAAUAUAAUUUCUUAUCGAUUUUAAGUUUAAUCGUAUUGGAUUCAUUAUCAUUUUUCAUUCAAACUUUAUUAUCCUUCCAUUUAUUAGGUUCAAUCCCUGCUUUAUCAUAUUCAAUUGCUUCUAUGAUGAAAAGAAUAGUUAUUAUUACAGUUAGUAUCGUAAUGGCUAUAGGUGCCACCACAGCAAUCCCAAUCCCACCACUUUCUUCUACAAAUCCGGAAGAUCCUCAACAAGAUCAAUCCCAAUCACCAUUACCACCUCCUCCUUCAACUCCUUCUGCAACCCAUACUGGUACUGAUAUAAAUUUUAGUAAUGUUACCAAUGAACAAUUCCUUGGAUUGUUGCUCAUUGGAAUUGGAUUAUAUUCUUAUGAUAGAUGGGGUUCACGAGGUUUAAAAGGUAGUGCUCGAACUUAA